ACAAUUUUGGUCUCCUUCGCGUCAACGCAUCACCGGAUUAAAACAUUUGUAAACGGGGCUGGAUAGAGAUCUUGCUGGCAGUGAUGGAGUAAAUAAGUAGAAACAUGAAUUACUAUCAGUGGUGUGCGUAAAAAGAAGAACAAUCAUGCGGUUCGAUGUAACAAUGCAGUCGAGGAAAAGGUACGUGGCGUUUGUGAUUCUCGUUUCUUUUGUGCAUAAUGUGACUUCCUCAGUGACUCAUUAUUCGAUACCCGAAGAGAUGAAAGAAGGAUCAGUCGUUGCCAAUCUUGCUACCGAUCUCAGCUUGGAUGUUAAAACACUGAAUGUGAGGAAAAUGCGUCUCGACCUUCUCGCCAACAAAAAAUAUCUGGAUGUGAACAAAGAGACCGGUGAGCUGUAUGUUGUAGAGAAGAUUGACAGGGAGCAUCUAUGUACAAAAAUGUUGACCUCGUGCUACUUGAAAAUGGAGGUAACACUUGAAAAUCCCUUGAGGAUAUUUAAUAUAGAACUAGAAAUUUUGGAUAUAAAUGACAACGCCCCACAGUUUCGAAGAGACGUCAUACAUCUGGAUAUAUCUGAGUCAACGCCUACCGGGGAAAGAUUUUCGUUGAGCAACGCAGUUGACCCUGAUGUUGGAAGCAAUUCAGUAAAAACGUACCAUUUAAGUGAAAGUGCACACUUUACUAUUGAAAUUCAGACUGGAAGAGAUGGGUCAAAGUUUGCCGAUUUGAUCUUGAAAAAGGCUUUAGAUCGAGAGAAGCAGGCUGUUCAUAAUUUAAUACUCAAUGCUGUAGAUGGAGGAACACCUGCUCGUUCUGGCACAGUCAGCAUUAUUGUUCAUGUUUCAGACACAAAUGAUAAUGCUCCAACAUUUGACAAAUCUAUCUACACUGUAAAAAUAAUGGAAAAUUCUCCUAUUGGCAGCCUUGUUAUUAACCUUAAUGCAUCAGACUUAGAUGAUGGGUCAAAUUCUGAUCUGAUGUACUUAUACAGUUUAUAUACAUCAGAGAAAACACAGGAAACAUUUAAUCUAAAUCCCUCCACUGGAGAAAUUACUGUGAAGGGAAUGCUGAACUAUGAAGAUUUCAAGAUUUAUGACAUGGAAGUUAUAGCAACUGACAAAGGAGUCAAUAGUUUAUCAGGACAAUGUACCAUAAAGAUUCUAGUUGAAGACAUGAAUGACAACCACCCAGAAAUAUCCAUUAAAUCAUUUCAGAGUCCAGUCAAUGAAAACAUAGAAUUAGACACAGUGAUAGCUGUAGUCAGUGUCAGUGAUAAAGACUCAGGUGAUAACGGAGUGGUGGAUCUUCAUAUUCCACAAAAUAUGCCUUUCAAAUUGAGGGAGUCCUCUGAUAACUAUUAUCAAUUAGUAGUUUCACAGCCAUUAGAUCGUGAGAAGGUCCCAGAAUAUGACAUCACCUUCACUGUCACAGACAGAGGCUCUCCUCCUUUAUCUGACAAUGAAACUAUGACGUUAGAGCUGCUGGAUGUUAAUGACAAUGUCCCACAGUUCCCUCAGUCAUUUUAUACCAUACGUGUCAUGGAGAAUAACGCACCUGGAGCCUUGCUCAGCUCUCUCACUGCGUUUGACCCUGACCUCCAUGAAAACCAGUAUCUGGUUUACUUCAUAUUAGAGAAGGAGAUAGCCAACACCUCCAUGUCCAUGCUGUUCUCCAUCAAUCCAGAGAACGGGAACCUUUAUGCACUGAAAACUUUUGAUUAUGAGAUUGAGAAGGAGUUUCUGUUCCACAUCGAGGCCAGAGACUCUGGAUCUCCUCCUCUCAGCAGCAACGUGACAGUUCACAUCAUCAUUGUGGACCAGAACGACAAUGCUCCGGUGAUUGUGUCUCCGUGGCGAGCGCACGGCUCGGUGGUGGAGGAGAAGAUCCCCAGAUCCACCGAUAAAGGCUCCCUGGUAGCCAAGGUGAUAGCCUUGGACACGGACUCAGUGCACAACUCUCGGAUCACCUACCAGUUUCUGCAGGUGACUGACGCCACCUUGUUCAGUCUGGACCAAUACAACGGAGAGAUCCGGACCAUGAGGAUGUUCAGUUACAGAGAUCCACGCCACCAGAGACUGGUUGUUGUUGCCAAGGACAACGGGGAUCCUGCUCUGUCUGCUACAGUCACCAUCAAGCUGUCCACAGUGGAGACUGCAGUGAAGGCCUACUCUGACAUGACUGAGGUGCCUCUGGAAUAUGACAUCUUCUCUGACCUCAACCUGUAUUUGGUCAUCGGUCUGGGCUCCGUCUCAUUCCUGCUGCUCAUCACCAUACUGGUCACCAUCGUGCUCAAGUGUCAGAAGCCCAAACCCAGCAAAGCUGCUCCUCCCAGCAGGAACAGUGUGAUCAGUGAGAGGAACUCCACUGUGGCAGAUUCCACUCUGGUCUCCAACGAUGCCUACUGGUACAGUCUGUUUCUGGCAGAGACCAGGAAAGGAAAGCUGGUGGUCAGACAGCCUGUACCAAAGGGCUCCAGAUACAUCGUGUCCAGUAUACCGAGAGGGACAGGACUGACAGAGACUAGUGACUCAGCAGCUUCCACUCUGCAGGUAUGUCAGAGACGGAUUUUUUCUCUGUCGAUGGCUCGUCAUAUUCUUUUGUGUUCCUGGACGGGGUACGUCUCAGUAUUUCUCUUUCUUUCUGCCAUCAUGAACUCGGUAUCUGCAGUAACUCAUUAUUCUGUACCCGAGGAAAUGGAUGAAGGCUCAGUCGUUGCGAAUUUAGCUACGGAUUUGGGAUUAGACGUGAAGAGUUUGAGUAAAAGAAAAAUGCGGGUAGACGUGGUAGGAAACAAAAAAUAUCUUGACAUUAAAAAAGAUACAGGGGAGCUGUUUAUUUUGGAAAGGAUAGACAGAGAAUUUCUCUGCCCCCUGAAGACAACUUCGUACUGCGUUCUUAAAUUAGACGCUACUAUUGAAAACCCAAUACGAAUGUUUAAUAUUGAAGUGGAAAUCUUGGAUAUUAAUGAUAACGCUCCUCAUUUUCGUCGGGGAACCAUGCAUUUGGACAUCUCAGAAUCAAGCCCGAUCGGAGAGAGAUUCUCACUGAACAAUGCUGCAGAUCCAGAUGUUGGAACAAAUUCUGUGAAAAAUUACCAUCUGAGCUCAAGCGAACAUUUCUCAAUUGAAAUUCAGACCGGGAGAGAUGGGACUAAAUUUGCAGACUUGAUCCUGAAGAAAGCUUUAGACAGAGAGCAGCAGGCUGUUCAUAAUCUAAUACUCACUGCUGUGGACGGUGGAGUCCCCACGCGCACAGGUACAGCCAGCAUCAUUGUCCGCGUGCUCGAUGUGAACGACAACGCCCCGUCAUUUGACAAAGACAAAUACGUGGUGGAUGUGAUGGAGAAUUCUCCCAUUGGCAGUCUGGUUAUCAAACUGAAUGCAACUGAUUUAGAUGAAGGGUCCAAUUCUGAUGUUGUUUAUUCAUAUAGUUUGUACACAUCAGAGAGAACACAGAAUAUGUUUAACCUGAAUCCAGAAAAUGGCGAAAUCAGAGUGAAAGAGAUGAUAAAUUAUGAAGAUUUAAAAUUUUAUGAAAUGGAGGUUAUAGCCAGUGAUAAAGGAUCGAACUCUUUAUCUGGACAGUGUAAACUAACAAUACAGGUAACAGAUAUGAAUGAUAAUCACCCAGAAAUUUCUAUCAAAUCUUUUCAAAGUCCAGUUAAAGAAAAUACGCCCACAGACACAGUGAUAGCUGUAAUCAGUGUCAGUGAUAAAGACUCAGGUGAUAAUGGAGUGGUGGAUCUUCAUAUUCCACAUCAUAUGCCAUUCAAACUGAGGGAGUCCUCUGAUAACUAUUAUCAAUUAGUAGUUUCACAGCCAUUAGAUCGUGAGAAGGUCCCAGAAUAUGACAUCACCUUCACUGUCACAGACAGAGGCUCUCCUCCUUUAUCUGACAAUGAAACUAUGACGUUAGAGCUGCUGGAUGUUAAUGACAAUGUCCCACAGUUCCCUCAGUCAUUUUAUACCAUACGUGUCAUGGAGAAUAACGCACCUGGAGCCUUGCUCAGCUCUCUCACUGCGUUUGACCCCGACCUCCAUGAAAACCAGUAUCUGGUUUACUUCAUAUUAGAGAAGGAGAUAGCCAACACCUCCAUGUCCAUGCUGUUCUCCAUCAAUCCAGAGAACGGGAACCUUUACGCACUGAAAACUUUUGAUUAUGAGAUCGAGAAGGAGUUUCUGUUCCACAUCGAGGCCAGAGACUCUGGAUCUCCUCCUCUCAGCAGCAACGUGACAGUUCACAUCAUCAUUGUGGACCAGAAUGACAACGCUCCAGUCAUUGUGUCUCCGUGGCGAGCGCACGGCUCGGUGGUGGAGGAGAAGAUCCCCAGAUCCACCGAUAAAGGCUCCCUGGUUGCCAAGGUGAUAGCCUUGGACACGGACUCAGUGCACAACUCUCGGAUCACCUACCAGUUUCUGCAGGUGACUGACGCCACCUUGUUCAGUCUGGACCAAUACAACGGAGAGAUCCGGACCAUGAGGAUGUUCAGUUACAGAGAUCCACGCCACCAGAGACUGGUUGUUGUUGCCAAGGACAACGGGGAUCCUGCUCUGUCUGCUACAGUCACCAUCAAGCUGUCCACAGUGGAGACUGCAGUGAAGGCCUACUCUGACAUGACUGAGGUGCCUCUGGAAUAUGACAUCUUCUCUGACCUCAACCUGUAUUUGGUCAUCGGUCUGGGCUCCGUCUCAUUCCUGCUGCUCAUCACCAUACUGGUCACCAUCGUGCUCAAGUGUCAGAAGCCCAAACCCAGCAAAGCUGCUCCUCCCAGCAGGAACAGUGUGAUCAGUGAGAGGAACUCCACUGUGGCAGAUUCCACUCUGGUCUCCAAUGAUGCCUACUGGUACAGUCUGUUUCUGGCAGAGACCAGGAAAGGAAAGCUGGUGGUCAGACAGCCUGUACCAAAGGGCUCCAGAUACAUCGUGUCCAGUAUACCGAGAGGGACAGGACUGACAGAGACUAGUGACUCAGCAGCUUCCACUCUGCAGUACCCUAAAGAGAGGCGCAAAGAGAAACCAGUCACCCAGUUACCUAGCAACCACUCUCCUUCACAUAAUCUUGGAGCAUGGUAUUCAUUGAUAGACCUGCCACCUCCCCACUACAUGUUCAAGGAUCCUUCCAAACCUUCCACCCACUCUGUCCUCUGCCUGAAGCCCCUGUCUGAGCGACAGACGCAUCCACCACCAGCAGCAGCAGUUCCACAUAAGGCCACCCCUCCAGAUGUGUACUGGAUUGACGCUGACAGGAAAAAACUUCACAGAGGAAAGGAGAAACACCGAACCAUAACACCCCCAUAUUUUUUUAACCAAACAAUGGAGAUAACGGACCUCAAAGGACAGUGGAGGGAUGUGUGGAUUUCUUUUUGUCUCGCGCUGCUGAUUGUGACUAAAUUUGAAGGAAUCUCUGCUCAAAUACGAUAUUCCAUUCAGGAAGAAUUGAAAGAGGGGACAGCAGUUGGAAAUGUAGCUAAAGACCUCGGGUUGGAUCUUGGACGACUGACGGACAGGAAUCUUCGUGUCGUGUCAGGAACAAAGCAGCGUCUGUUUAAGGUAAAUCCAAGAGAUGGAGUUUUGUUGGUGAACCAGAAAGUAGACAGAGAGCAGCUGUGCGCAAAAACUGUCCCAUGUAUCACAAAUCUGAAAGCAGUUGUAGAAAAUCCCCUCGAAAUGCACCAAAUAAUAGUUGAGGUACUCGAUGUAAACGACAAUUGGCCUAAAUUUCCUGAAGAAAACUACACAUUAGAGGUGCUGGAGUCCGCCAUAGUUGGCUCUCGGUUUCAAAUGGAAGGAGCGCACGACUUGGAUGUCGGUUUGAAUUCCUUACAUUCGUAUAAGCUAAACCAUAACCAGUAUUUUCGCUUGGAAACUGAGGAAUUUGGAGAGGACGGGAAGGUUCCAUUCCUCGUCUUACAGCGACCGUUGGACAGAGAGCACACUGCUCAACACUGGUUACUAUUAACUGCUACAGAUGGAGGAAAGCCGUCAAAAUCUGGUACCAUUAAUAUCACUGUUGUUGUAUCGGAUGUAAAUGACAACCCACCGGUGUGUGAUAAACAAAAAUACGCCGUAACAAUAAGAGAAAACGCGCCUGCAGGGACAUUUCUGCUGACAGUGAAUGCAUCUGACUCAGAUCAGGGGGUAAACGGUGAGAUUGAAUAUUCUUUAAGGAGUAAAAUUAGAGGACUGUCAUCCGAGCCGUUUGAAUUGGAUAGUAAAACUGGAAAACUAACUGUUAAAGGAUGCCUUGACUAUGAAGAAAAGCAAGUCUACGAGAUUAAAGUACUGGCUGCGGACAAAGGCGCCGUGUCUCUUUCCACACACUGCAACGUGGUUGUGAGAGUGGAAGACGUGAACGAUAACCAGCCUGAAAUAGACAUCACAUCUCUUUCCAGUCGCAUUCCGGAGGAUGCACCUCCAGGCACUGUGGUGGCGCUGAUGGGUGUCACGGAUCUUGACUCAGGUGUGAACGGGCAGGUGGUCUGCAGCGUGCCUGGCCAUUUACCCUUUGACUUAAAGCCAUCCCCUGACGGGCAGUCAUACUCUUUGGUUACUAAGGACUACCUCGAUAAGGAAACAGUGCAUAUAUACAACAUCACAAUAACAGCCAAGGAUCUAGGGAGCCCUGCUCUGUCAUCUACAAAGGUGAUACAGGUAGAUGUGUUGGAUGUUAACGAUAAUAGUCCCUUGUUUACUGAACGCCCGUAUACUUUUUAUGUGCCUGAAAAUAACAAGGCAGGAAUGUCAAUUUUCUCAGUGAGCGCGACUGAUGCUGAUGGAGGUGAAAAUGCAGCGGUCACAUAUUCCCUGGACCGUAAGAGUCCAGGACCAUCAAUAACCUCCUUUCUAAACAUAAAUGAAGCAAACGGUACGCUUUCAGCACUGAAAAGUUUUGACUUUGAAACAUUGAAAACUUUCCACUUCCAAGUUGUUGCCACAGAUUCUGGAGUUCCGUCUCUCAGCAGCAAUGUCACAGUCAACGUCUUCAUUCUGGAUCAGAACGACAACGCUCCAGUCAUCCUGUAUCCACUCAGCUCCAAUGGAUCUGCUGAAGGUGUGGAGGAGAUUCCCCGAAAUGUCAACGCAGGACACUUGGUCACCAAAGUCAGAGCCUAUGACGCUGAUAUAGGAUAUAACGGCUGGUUGCUCUUCUCACUGCAGGAAGUCACUGACCACAGUCUCUUUGGUUUGGACCGAUAUACAGGACAGAUCAGAACACUUCGCUCAUUCACAGAGACAGACGAGGCUGAGCACAAACUGGUCAUACUGGUCAAAGACAACGGCAACGUUUCACUCUCAGCAACAGCUACUGUCGUUGUCAAACUUGUGGAGCCCAAAGAGGCUUUUGCAGCGUCUGAUGUCAAAAGUGCAGCAAAAGACCAAGGAGAAAAUGAUAUUAUAUUUUAUCUGAUUAUAACUUUGGGAUCAGUUUCUGUCCUGUUUCUCAUCAGUAUCAUCGUGCUGAUUGCAAUGCAGUGCUCCAAAUCCACAGACUAUACUUCCAAAUAUCUGCAAGAGACUAAUUAUGAUGGGACAUUGUGUCACAGCAUCCAGUACAGAUCUGGAGACAAACGCUACAUGUUAGUUGGACCCAGAAUGAGUAUAGGAUCUACUAUAGUUCCUGGCAGCCAUGCCAAUACUCUAGUGCUCCCUGACAGGAGGAGGGCAUCUGAAGAGGUAAGUGUCUUUUAA